CCGGGAGCGGGGAGCGGUGGCGUGGAGCUGUCCUCGCGCUCGCAGCCGGGGACCCGGAGCUGUGGGGGUCUGGGGCGGAGCGAGCCGACCGCUGCGGAGACCCGGGCCGAACGGAGCGGCGGGAGCAGGAUGGCAGAGGCCGUCGGAGCCGUGGCUCUGACGGUAGCCCCGGCCCGCCGGCGCUGGCUGUGGUCGGUGCUGGCCGCGCUGCUCGGGCUGUUGACAGCUAGAAUAUCAGCCCUGGAGGUACAUACUCCCAAAGAAAUCUUUGUGGUGAACGGGACACAGGGGAAGCUGACGUGCACAUUCGAUUCUCCUAACACAACUGGAUGGUUGACCACGGUGUCCUGGAGCUUCCAGCCCGACGGCACUGACAGUGCGGUGUCGUUUUUCCACUACUCACAAGGACAAGUGUACAUCGGGGACUAUCCACCAUUUAAAGACCGAGUCACCUGGGCUGGGGACCUUGACAAGAAAGACGCAUCAAUCAAUAUAGAGAAUAUUCAGUCUGUCCACAACGGCACCUAUAUCUGUGAUGUCAAAAAUCCUCCUGAUAUCGUCGUCCGGCCUGGGCAGAUCAGGCUCCAUGUGGUGGAAAUAGAUAAUUUGCUGGUGUUCCUGGUUUGGGUGGUGGUGGGCACAGUUACUGCCGUGGUCCUUGGCCUCACUCUGCUCAUCAGCUUGGUUCUGGUAGUCCUCUACAGAAGAAAGCACUCGAAACGGGAUUACACUGGCUGCAGUACCUCAGAGCGUUUGUCGCCAGUUAAGCAGGCUCCACGGAAGUAUCCCUCCGACACAGAGGGCCUAGUAAAGAGUCCGCCUUCCGCCGGAUCUCACCAGGGCCCAGUCAUAUACGCACAGUUAGACCACUCUGGUGGACAUCACAGUGGCAAGAUUAAUAAAUCAGAGUCUGUGGUGUAUGCGGAUAUCCGGAAAGACUAAGAGAAGACCCCCAAACAUAUCUUAAGCAAGAAACAAAUCCAAAGUGGACUCUUGUGCAGAUAAUGCCCAGAACCACGUGUGGCCUUGAGGACUCAAGCAAGGACAAGCACAUGUAUACUCAGAGAGAGAAGAAAAUGUGUAUAAAGGAUAUGUAUAUUCUAUUUAAUCUUCCCGAUGUGAGAGGCCAGUGUUGCAUGGUGAAGAAAUGGUAUGAGUCUACAUAAUGUAAAUUGCCUUGCUCUUUCUGUGUAUUCUUUCAGUCAUUUCUAAUCGGAACGUAUGAGAAACAUCUCUGUCAUCGAGUGAUAUGGUUUGCCUCAUUGGAGACUUCACAGAACUGUUAGUAUUUCCAGCAGACGUGGCCUUUUCACCCAAGGGCUCAACCUGUUGUAUCAGCAUUUCUUAUAGUUAGAGAAUGAAAUGUUCAGUGGACGUGAGUCUCUCAUGGUAUCAGAACCAUUUGUUCCAUGCUAGCUGACACACACCAUCCAUUAGCCAUGCUACCUGAGAAGUUUUUGUUGAUACUUUUCUAAAAUAUGAGGGAAUUUGCAGCCUGAGACUGUCCUCACCAUCCUUCAGCAGAUGCUAAGGUCUCUCUAAAUUAGCUUUUGUCACUGUGUGGACAGCACAGCUGACUGAGGGUCUUCGUGGCUAAAAGGGUACAGAUGGCAGAACCCAAGCAUGAUGUUCACAUGGGAAAAACUUCAAGGGAGCAUCAUCCUCCUUUUUCUUCUCAGCAAUUCCAUAAACAAAUUGCACAUUCCAGAUACCUCCUGACAGGUGCUGUACCUUCUCAGGGCUGUGCUGAGACAGUGUAUAUGAUGCUGGUGCUCUGUGGCCUUUGUUCAAAUGACACCUAUUCUUAAGGGCCCCCUCCAUCUGAUUCUAUGACCUCUGCCCAGUCAGAGCCAGAUCCUCUGUCAGCCCAAGCCAGCCUUCUUCCCUAGGCUGGGGCAGUUUGCUGCCAGCAUCCUGGGCUGAGACGGAGCCGGGUUCCAGCUGCUUGCAGAAGGGUGCUCAGGCCUCACAGCCUAACUCCACACACCACCUCAUUUGGAGUAUCAGUCCCUUUCCUGCAACUCUGCCUUCUGGGGCCUGGCUACAGAUAAUAUCGAGGUCACGUCCAAAUGACAGACCUGCCCUUCCCAUGUCUUCUGACCCGAAGAAGGAGGCAUCCUAAAACUUAGGUGGGAAUUGUGAAGGGACCCCUAAAAGGAUGGCUUACAGAUUAACAUUACUGUCUGUAUUUUCUCAAUGGAAAUAUAUCCAGUUAGGGAGAAGUAUCAAAUUCAUUGUUACUUUUUGAUAUUUUCAUUUGUACUUCUGUGAAUAC